GAGAGCCCUGCUGGAUUUGGAGAAACUGCCGCCUUGGCAUCUGGCCUGCUUCCCGAGAACACGAUGUGAUGUUGUCAGCACGGGCCAGUCCUAACCCUUGACGGGAUGUUUGCCUCAUUCCGGGUGCUUGAACACUCGGCGUAGGGAGGAGAGAACGGAAAGCAUUGCUUGCUGGCACCUUGCUGCGUUCCCAGCCUGAGCGCACUGCCCUUCCCAUGUCACUUGGUCAGACUGGGGUGAGGGACGCGCUCGGCCAACAGCAGCCGCUCGGAUUCGCCACGUGUGCCUCAGUUGCAGCGUUAGGAAACGUGUCUGGACGGACCUGCUCCUCUGCUCCUUGCGAGGCCGCUGUCUGAGCCGAGCGCGGACAGCGCAGCAACUCCACCUGCCCUGCCUGCAGCAUGGAGGAAGAGCGGCCCGUGGGAUCGGAGGGCCAUGACAACCUGAAGCUUGUCUUCACCGUGGCGUCGGCAGUGAUGGUGGGCCUGGUCAUGUUCUCUUUCGGAUGUUCUGCGGAGAUCCAGAAGCUCUGGCUACACCUCAGGAGACCCUGGGGCAUCGCGGUGGGAUUGCUCUGCCAGUUUGGCCUCAUGCCCCUCACGGCCUACCUGCUGGCCGUCGGCUUCAGGCUGAAACCCAUCCAAGUUAUCGCUGUCCUCAUCCUGGGGUGCUGCCCCGGGGGCACCGUCUCCAACAUCCUCACCUUCUGGGUUGAUGGAGAUAUGGAUCUCAGCAUCAGCAUGACAACCUGCUCCACCGUGGCCGCCCUGGGAAUGAUGCCCCUCUGCCUCUACCUCUACACCCGGACCUGGACACUCGCACAGAAUCUCACCAUUCCCUAUCAGAGCAUAGGGAUUACCCUCGUGUCCCUGAUUAUUCCCGUGGCCUUCGGCGUCUACGUGAAUCAUAGGUGGCCAAAGCGAGCGAAAGUCAUCCUUAAGGUCGGGGCCGCUGCUGGUGGCGUUCUCCUUCUGGUGGUGGCAGUUACCAGUGUGGUCCUGGCAAGGGCAUGGAAUCUCCCUGACGUCACUCUCCUGAUCAUCAGUUUCAUUUUUCCUUUGGUCGGCCAUGUCAUGGGCUUCCUGCUGGCAUUCCUCACCCACCAGUCUUGGCAAAGAUGCAGGACAAUUUCCAUUGAGACGGGAGCUCAGAACAUCCAGCUGUGCAUCGCCAUGCUGCAGCUGUCCUUCACGGCCGAGGACCUGGUCCAGCUGUUUAACUUCGCGCUGGCCUAUGGACUCUUCCAGGUGCUGCACGGGCUGCUCAUGGUCGCAGCAUAUCAGGCCUACAAGAGGCGGCAGAACAGCAAGGCCGGGAGGCAGCCCCCGGGGCGGCCGGAGGUCUGCGGUGACAAGAACCCCGGAGAGACCAGUGUUUUCCUGGAGGAAGGUGGCGGCGCGGCAGUAGCCCUGGGGCCGCAGAGCUGAGCACCCAGCUUCCUUCCCGUGGAUGGUGGGAGCCGCGGCCCACCUCGGCCCCCACCUCCCAGCAGUGAGCAGCAGGCGCCUCCCCACGGAGCUGGCCUCCCGCCGUGGAUUUUAACUCCAACUGCAGGACAGAGCGUCCCCGCCACCUCCCGACUUCCGGCAGACGCUUUGGAGAACUAGGGAAGAGAAGAUGAGCUUCCACGAUGGGACUCCCAAGCGAUGAAGCAUCCUUUAAUUUCGAGGACGCGUGUAAUGCAAGCGGGCUGGUUCCUUCUCCCGAGAGGGACAGACAGGCGCCGGGAACCUCCAAAACAGACACACGCGCCUGCCCCGAGUCUCCAAAACGAGAGACGGGUGCGCAUGCGCAGCCCUCGGGUAGCCUGUGCACCAAACCACCUGAAAAGCCUGGAGCCCGUGUCCUGUGUGCUCUGACGGUCAUCGCCGUCGGCCUCAGCACAUCUUAACACAUCCGCGAUACCUACCUCACUCUUUAGAACGGCGGCUGCACCGUGUUCUACAGGACUGUAAUUUAUUCAGCUGCUCCGGAUUACCGCGUCCUUUCGACCUGA